AAAUCCUUUCUGUUUGGAUUUGAAUUAUCAGUCUACAUUUCAGUUGUUGAAAUUUUUUAUUUGUUAAAGUGUGUUUAACCAAAAUUAAAUAUGGAUAACAACAAGAUGAGUGAAUCUAAAGCUGAAAAGAUCUUGGGCAAUAUUAUCAAGGAUUCUAGUAAGUCUUCCCUGAUCAAGGAGGAAGCUUCAGGAAGUGGUGACUCGCCCCUGACCCGAUCCUCGGGGGCCGGGGGACAUUCCCCGGGGGGCAGCACCACACAGCCACAGCCCACUCGUAGGAUGCCACACCUACACAAACUGGAGAAAAAGCACAGCAGUGGAGACCUACACAGCCGACUAAAGACAAGAAAAUUACUUGGCGUUGGGGAAACUGACGAUGGGGAUGUUCACAGGUCAAAGUUGAGCCAGAUUUUAGGUCACAGCGACCAACUGUAUGUGAGAUUGCCGCCAGGCCUAAGAAUAUGGCAUAUAUUCCUGGCCAUAGUAUUCUCAGCAAUAGCAGUAUGGGCUUUCAUGUUCCCCGCACAUCUGUUUGACUCGACAUUUGAGACAGACGAGGGAAAAAAUCUCCGUUUACCUGUACGACUGUACGGAACGGCAUUGAUAUGUUUGUCAAUGAUAUUCUGGAAUACGUUAAAUACGGUGGACAAGGACAUCAUUCGUCUCGUGCUACUAAGUAGCGUCAUCUUCUUCACACUCCAAACAAUAGUUUCAGCUUUGUGUGUGCCCCUAUCCACCAGCUUGUGUACUGCCCCUAUCCUGUGGCUGUGUGCUAGACUUGUAACCAUAGCUAUCAGUAGUUACUUCUACUGGUUACUCACCAAAGACUGCAAACCACGGGAGCACUGGACACUAUAUCGAAAAAAGUGAUAACAGUUACAACCCUAGGGGAAGGAACCUUCACCAAAGGCUGGUUCAUAUCUCAAGGGUCACAAACCAUGCUUGUCGCCAUCAGCUAUUUCUACUACUGGGCCAUAGGGGGUCGAAUUGUAUCUCUAAUGGGGAUGACAAGGUCAAACUCGACUCGGGAUCUCAGGGACGUCAAAGACAAGGACCAGUAACCAUGGCAACAUCAGGACCAAGGGGCAUGGAAACAAAGGAUGUUUGGUUAAAAGGAUAUAAAAUAUAUUGGUAGAUUUAAAUUGGUUAAAGAAAGGUUAAGUACGAUGCGAAAUGGGUGAAGUUGCAAUAUUUAAAAUUGUCAACCCCACAACGAUAAUUUAAGAUAGAAACUGAUUCUAAUAGAAAAUUAUAUAUUAGAAUUUAAAUUAUUGUUAUAUUUUGACUGAAUAUAUUGAUAAAAUAAUACAAAAUUAUUUAUUUAAAAAAACUAUGAGUAUGUACUUAUUUAAAAGAAGGGUAUGCUUCAGCUAUCUAAGAUUAUAAUAUUUGUACAUUUGCUUUAUAAGAAUUAUAACUACAUGUACUUAGUUAAAUGAAGGACAUGCUUAACUGCCUAAAAUAUUAAUAUUUGUGCAUAUGUUUUAAAAAAAAUUAUGUACAUGUAAAAGAAAUUUCUGAAUAUAUAAUAUAUAUCAGACAUGGCUUUCAAUGAAGAGGGGUGCAUCGCUUUAGCAUGCACAAAUGUACAAGUCAAUAAACACAAAAUUCUAUGAUUUUCCCAGUACAGUUGGUGCUGUUUAAAAGCUUUCAUGUUGAAUUUUAUCUUUAAAUGUCAUGUGUCCUGUCAUUUGAAUUCAGAUUUAAUUUUGCUUGUUUAGAUGUGGUGAUGAGACUGUUUAGCAUAUAUAGAACACUGUUAUAAUUGUGAUAUGUAUACAUAAGUGUAUUCAUUUAAUGAAAUAAACGCAGAGGGAACACUGAAUUUAUAGUCAUUAAGACGAAAUCUAGGAAAAGGCGGAGUCAUGUAGGUGGUAAACCAGUAACUUACUUUAAAGUAGACAGAACGCCGACUAUAGUAUAUGUGAAACAAAACCUAGAAAUUAGGCGGAGUCAUAUAGAUGGUAAUCAGUAACCAUCAAAAGUAGGCAAAAUACCAAAUAUUGUAAUUGUGAAAUGAAACCUAGCAAUAGGUGGAGUCGUGUAGGUGGUAAACCAGGAACUGACAAAUAGUUGAAACAAAACAUUUAUUAAGUUUAUCUAAGACAACUAUUAGGGAAAAAAUGCACAAUUGAUUUCUCAAGUGUAAAUUGAAUUAAUCUUUGAUUCAUAAAUUUGUGUCAUUCAAUAAGUUAUUUUUCCCCUCUCAUAUCAGGGACAUAGGGACGUCCCUUUGUGUCUUUUUAUGGUGCAUUAAUGUCAUUUAUGUAUAUAUGAACAUUACAAUCAAACUGUAUAUACGCUCUCAUCAUUAUUACAUAGCCCUAUCAAUUAUGAUGGCAUGAAUGUAAAACGUAACCAUGACAACAGUGUUGGUAACUAUAGCAGAAGUCUUGGUAACCAUGGCAACAUUAUAUGUAGCCAUGCCAUUGACCUUGAGAAGUCCUUGAAUAUGUCAGAGUUUCAUAGUGUAUUUAUAUAGAGAGCUAGGCGUAUGUGAUUUCAUUCCAAAUUAGAAGAAUGAAUGAAUAUUUAAAUCUUAAGAGAUUUCAAAGAUGAAUUACAUUUUGUGUCUCAAACUGACAAAUCUCGAGAAGAUACAAGUUCGCUGUCUUUUGCCUAGGCAGGGAAAAGGGUUUUUCUUUACCCUACCAAAAAUGGAAAAAACACCUGUGAAGUUUGGGAGAAAAAGUCUGAAGAGUUACUUUACCUACAUAUACAUAUGUAACUUAUGACCUGGCUGGCAUACAUUGAUGCCCUGUAAUUCUUCCAAACCAAACAGUUUGUCAUCAGUAAUGCCAUCUUUGCUUGCCAAGGGCGCGAUCCUAACUUCAUAUUCAACCUUGAUGGAUUUAGUCUGGUUUUCUGAGCAUUAAAAUCAUCCUGCCCCGGCUUCUGGAGAUGCCACCCUAUGAAAUUGCAUCCUACAGUGCACAUAAGGAUUGGUUGUCUUAAUAGACACAGGGGCUUGGCAGAAAUUUCUAUCCUACAGUAUUGGCCCUUGGAUUGAAAAUCCAUCACAAGCCCCUGUGAGUAAAUUCUAGUAAUGGUAGCAGCCUGUACCGAAUUGCGUUUUUGAUCAUGUUUUUUGUCGGAACAUUUUUCUGAUCUACUCAGUUGGCAGAGGUAAUUCACUCUGUUCUAAAUGUAAACGACAACCAACAUUGGUGCCCAGUGCUACAAUCUUAAAGGUUUAGUAAAGGCUUGCUGGUAAAGAGCGAUAACUCUUUUAAGAGUUCCUGCUAAGGUGGCAAUGGAAGAAAUUAUGAAAACAAGCUUAAAGCUAAAUCCGCCAAGGAUGAAUAUGAAGUUAUGCGCCCUUGGCAAGCGAAGAUAUAGUAAUAUAUGUGUACGAAAAUAGUUUUGGCUAAGGUUAUCAAGCUGUCUGUUAUAGAGAUUGUAAGUGAUUCUAUUCGAGUGUCAGAAUGAAAUGUUUGGAGAUUUGGUUGUAUGAAUGUGGCUCAUUUAACAACUUUGUAAUUAUCAUCAUAUUAAACAUUAUAAUACAUGUGCCUGUUUUCCCUGUUGGCAUCGCCAGGGAUAAUGUUCAUAGACAUUUAGCUGCAUUAUCUCACAACAUGUAUAAAACACUACUUAAUCGAUGUAGAUUCAGAUUCAAGAAUCUAAAAUAUCAACUUACUUAUUGUUGAUGGUGUAAGCAUUUCUAACGUUCCCAUACUUAUUAACCCUUCAUGGUUAAAUCAGAAGUAGGAGUAUCUUAGAUUGUCAUCACAAAUUAAUUGAUAGAGGCAUUUUACAUUAAUUGCUGCAAAAUUAACUGCAUAAUUUAUAUUCAAAUGUAAGAGUCAGUGUGGUUUUCAUGAUCACAGGACAAGGAAUCGUGAUUUCAGUGAUUGCAGACAAUGGAAUCGUGAUUUCUAUGAUCACAGGAAAAGGAAUCGUGAUUUCCAUGAUUUCAGGACAAGGAAUCAUGUACAACAAUUGCAAGGACAAAAGAUUUCAAUUGUUCUACUCUAGAUUUUCAAUUUGCAAAUGAAAUUGAUUGUAUGGUACUGUAUGAGAUGUUUUUAUGUGACUUAAGUGUGGGAUUUGACCAUUAAAAUACAAUUUAUGAAUUAAAGUCUCAAUUUGUGACUUGUAAAUUUAAACUACUGCCAAUGCAGGAGUUUCUAAAUUUACUUUGAUAUAAGAUGCUGGUACAAAUGUAUAUGUUCUUCUUAUCAAAUAUGUGUAAAAUCUAAAUACAUGUAUGAAAUAUAUGUACAUUGUAUUUAUAUAAACAUUGUAUGAACCAAAAAAGAUUUACAGAAUGAAUAAAUUUUCUGUACAAAAAAGUACAAACUAUAACUUGCAAAUUUUUUCACUUACGGCCUUGAGAAAUAUAAAACUAAAUAUCAGCGAAAUAUGCUGUGAUAUCUUUUUAUAACUUAAUAUUGACUUGAAGAUGUUCAUUCAAAAUCACUACCAGUGUCAUAACAAGAUUUAUUUCCAACUUAAUGUAAAUUAAUUUCUUGCAAAAAUUCAGUACGGCAAAACUUUAUUUUCAGAUUUCAAAUCUUUUUAGCAAAGAAAUUAUUAUCUCACUAGUAAAUAUGAUAUGAAUCAGAGAUGUAUUAAUAAAUUGAUAGGUUAUCCAAGUUGAGAGUAUCACUCACUCGAUUCCAGAGCUUGACAAAUCCAGAAUGCAUUGAAAAACUUUCAUGUUCAAUUGUAGUGACUAUUCUUAUCUAUACACAGACGAGUUGUCUCCCCUUUCAUAAUCAAAUUGGGUGGAAUAUAUGUGAAAGACUAGUUAUUCUUCCUGAAUCAUUAAAUCACACAUUUAUUGAGGAUAUUGAUUUUUGUUAUUCUAUGUCAGCCUGUAUAUUGUAUGUUUCGUAGAACCCGACCCAUCAUUAUCUUGAUGUCAAUCCCAAAUCUGGUCUGGUCUGUUUGCAGGUGAUGGCGCGUGUAUCUGUAACAGCACUUUCCCCUAUAGCCAUUGAAAUAUUUCUUUCCAAUACAACAUUCUUAAAAUAAAUUUAUAUUGAUCUCGAUUGAACAUUAAAUUUGUAAAAAAUUCUACUUUUUUUCUUUCUGAAUUAACUGGAAUGCUAUAAAUAUUGACUUCUUGAUGCUUAUUUCGGAGACAAAAACAGAUAAUUUGUGAAACAAUUAGGCAAAUAUGACUAUUUUUAAUAUUCAAGAAGACAAUAUAUUGAUCAUUUGAGAUGUCAAUUGCCUUUUUUUAAUGUAAUUAAAGUUUAGCUAGAGAUUUAACACUUUUACGUUUUAGAUGUUUAGUGGCGCUCGGACACAUUUAGUAUCGGAAGUGAAAUGCCUACCUGGUCACACAACACUGGUUCCUAUAUAUCUGGACGCCAUGUUUUGUGUCGCCUCAGAUUUAUAAUACAUAAUAUGUAUUUACAUGUUUCAGCCACGUUGUGAAUGUACCUAUUGUUUCAAUCUAUUGUUUCAAUAUAUAGACUACAAAUAAACCAUAUUUUUGAAAUUAUU